CGCCAACUGGAUCGUUCCGUCCCAUUCGUUUCCAUUUCCCUGUUCCGUCCACAAUAUGCACUUUUUUCAGAUACACGUUAGCGGUGUGGCAAUCAAUUCAAGAUUUUGGACUUUGAUGGUUAGAAACGUACCAGAGCAGGAUGUUGGAGCAACGUCUAGGUCUUCUUAUCUGGCUUCUCGAGAAAUUGAGCUACUAAACAGCAAUACACAAACAUUUCACACUGCCGUAAAAAAGUAAUAAAGAUAUAAGUGUUUAGUUUGUGUUACAAACGAACAUACUUUAGUUAUUCGUGAAUUUGAGACGAGACUGGUUUGUUCUGUGAUACCUAGUGGACCAUUUUGUGAUCUUCAAAUGUGUGUAUCGUUCAAAUAUGAGUGAUAGCUGUGAUGAUCUCUCGAAGUCUGAAGAUUUAUCUUUGAACAACCACAGUGCAGAUGCUGAGAGUCCAAACUUCGUCAAUACAUACAAUGCUUGGCGUGAG